GUCCUAUUAUCGGUGGGAAAGUUGUUCCUAGCGCGCAUGCUACGUUGCACAUUUCCAUCCACACUCUAACGACAGUGCGGCACGUACCAGCUUCUCCCACGCCGUCUUGAGAUCGGCGUCCCGGAAUGAGAUCCCUUGGUCUGCCACUGAGACCUUUUCGUACAUCAUCUCAUCAUAAGCGCUCGAUCGUGUUAGCCAUUUCGCAUUCGCUCCAACAUUUUAUUGGGAGCCCGACCGAUAUUUCAUAAUAACUCGUGAUGGGUGGGCCAAUUGACGGAGUAGCGUCAAAUUCACCGAUGGACGAAUUUCAGGAUCCUGUAGGCCCAGCGCUGGACCUCACAGUGUUGGGUUUGAACAGUGGCACAUCAAUGGAUGGGAUCGACUGCGCAUUAUGUCGGUUUCGACAGCUGGACCCUUCCAGUCCCGUCGAAUUCGAGUUGUUACGAUAUGGCGAAACACCACUGGACCCUGCGAUCAAGACUCGAGUUAUGAAGAUGAUUUUGCGAAACUCGACAUCACCUGAAGAGAUUGCCGAAAUCAAUGUCAUCCUAGGAGAAGCAUUUGCCAGAGCGGCCCAAGAUUUUCUAAAGCAAAAUGAGAUUGACAUAUCGGCGGUUGAUGCAAUUGGUUCGCAUGGCCAAACUAUAUGGCAUCUUCCACAGCCUCGCAAAGGCCAAGUCAGGACGACCUUGAGUAUGGCUGAAGGAGCCAUCAUUGCUGCACGGACAGGGAUCACCACAGUCUCUGACUUUCGCAUCAGUGAAGUUGCGGUUGGCCGUCAGGGUGCACCACUCGUUGCAUUCUUUGACGCCCUCUUGCUACACCAUCCCACCAAGCUUCGAGCUUGUCAGAAUAUUGGAGGGAUUGGAAAUGUCUGCUUCAUCCCCUCGGACCAACAGGGUGGUGUGGAUCAGUGCUAUGACUUCGAUACAGGUCCAGGAAACAUCUAUAUCGAUGCAGCCGUCCGGUAUUUCACCAAGGGGCAGCGGGAAUAUGACAAGGAUGGUGAAAUGGGCAAACAAGGCUCGGUGGAUCAAGAGAUUGUGGACGAAUUCCUCCACCACCCCUUCUUCAAACAAGAUCUCCCCAAAACAACAGGUAGGGAAGAUUUUCGCGAUACUUUGGCCUUCGAUAUCAUUCGCAAAGGAGAAGAGAAGGGUCUCAACCCUGCCGAUAUCGUGGCUGCUAUAACCCGUAUUACUGCACAAUCCAUAGUCGACCAUUAUCGUCGCUUCGCGCCAUCGCAAGAUGUUGACGAGAUCUUCCUGUGCGGCGGAGGAGCUCUCAACCCCAACAUCACGGACUUCAUACAACAACAAUAUCCCAAUUCGCGGAUAUUGAUGCUAGAGGAGGCCGGGAUCCCUGGAGCGGCUAAAGAAGCCAUAACGUUUGCCUGGCUAGGUAUGGAAGCUGUUGUCGGCAGGCCUGUUGUAGUCCCAGCGCGGGUUGAAACGCAAAGGGAGCAGGUUUUGGGCAAGGUCUCACCGGGUGAGAACUAUAGGCAGGUGAUGCUGAAAGGCAUGCUCUUUGGGGGCGGAGUAAAGAAGCUGCAUCCGGUAAAGGACAUGCUAAACGUAGUUGGAAGCAAAGUCUUCACCAACAAAUGGUAGAAAAGGGAGACUGCAAAAAAUGAU